UCGAGCUACGCACUCACCCCACGCUCACUGACGACAACAUGAACUUCAAGCUGGCGCUCGUGCUGCUGGUGGCUCUGGUCGGAGUCGCCGUCGGAACCGGAUCAUACGGACGCAGGACCGGCGGCGGAUACUACCGUGGAAACGUCGGUGGUGGCGGAUACUACCGUGGAAACAACCGCGGAUACUAUCCCGGGAACAGCGGAUACUCCCGUGGAAUCGGCGGCGGAUACCAGGGCGGUCGCCGCAUUGGAUACGGCCAUGGACAGAGGAGCUACGUCGGCUAGUCUCCCGACCGCUGCCGACCCGACCUAACGACCUACCGAGCUCUGACCGCCCCGCUGGUAUCCGGCGGUGCGGCAGGGAAGGGGUGGCCGCCGUGCCCCCUCGCCCUGGGUCGGCUCACACGUGAGACUCACCGCAGCUGAUAUGGAUCCCCCGGUCUCUGACAACUGAUCAGUGCCGAAUGGUCGGCGCUUGUUGAUGUUAGAGAAGAACUGUACUUGAUAUGACUGUGCUU